AUGUCGGGACGCGUACGAAAACAAUCGGAUUGCCCUGUGGGCAAGCAGGGUCCAAUGAGAGCGACCUUGCCGGUGUCCUCGAUCAUGAAGUCGAGUGGUGGAUUUAAAAAGAACGCAGGAAACAGCCCCACUCUCUCACCCACCAAUGCGUGGCGGCGGAUUUCGCCGGACCACGCUCUUUCCGGUCAGAGAAGCCCAGGAGCUGUCAAUUACAAAGGAAAAGGGAGGUUUGGAUCCAGUGUAAUUAGGCGCACAGCAUCAUUAGACACUUUGUAUCAAAAAGGACAAUGGUCCAGGGACUACUACCUCCAUGCUGGCCAGCUGCAAGUUGAUAAAUCGACUCAAACGGAUGAUGGAGGUGGAGUGUCUGGGAGGUCCUCAAGAGGCUCAGAAGACGAUAAGCUAGAUCGUUUUCUCCGGAGUCGCCUUCAAAGACCUCAUAAGCCCUCUGGUUCAGGAGAUUACUCUUCACAUUCUAUGAGUCCAGGGCUUUGGUCCCGUUUCAGUGGUGGUGGUGUUCCGUUAAGGGCAGCUCGUUCUUCGGUUGAAGAGAUAAGGUCACCCCUGAAGGACAUCGGGCCCCCCCUUGCUGAGCUUCUGAGACGGUCUGUCAACACACAAACGCCGCAUGAUCUCUGUCAUACUGCACACUCUUCAGAUCCACCAUCCCGAGGGUCACUGUCGAGUGCAGGCUCAGCCGAGCUCCUUGCUGCAGGUGGCAGUGUCUGCUCGUCACCGGAUCUCGAUGGUUCUAAACUUGGUACGUCGCCGCAGAUCAAUCGGUUUUUGGCUCGCGAACCACCAGAUGGUUGUGAAAAGGUGAACUUGAAAGCCGGUGAAGGAUCGUACACCGAAUCAGUGUCGGUGAUGAAGCCCUCCGCGCCAGGGUUCACUUUGCGACCCUCGCUCGGCUCCGCCUUCCAGCCGCUCCAACCGCAGUCUUCGCCCCCAAACACCCCGCAAUGA